AUGGCUGCUGCGUACCCUCCCGGCGGAACCUUCUUCGAGACGGUCAAGAAGAGCUUCGUGGACGUGCCUGUCGAUGAGUCCAAGGACAAUGCUAUCUCGACGAAUGAGUUCCUAGAGGCGGCUGAGAGCACGACUACUUUGUUCGAUGUCUUGGGCUCGGUGGCGUUCAAGCCGGUCAAGAAUGACAUGAGCGGCAACAUCAAGAAAAUCCGCGACAGACAGCUCGCAGCACCCGCCCAGUCAGAAUCACUUCAAGAGCUUGCCCUGAACGAGCUCAAGGAGAAGAAGCACACCGCCACCGAGGGUCUCGUAUGGCUGAACCGUGGCCUCGACUUCACUGCCCAAGCCCUCCGCCACAACAUCUCAAACCCCUCCAAGGAGCUCGCCGACUCCUUCCGCGAUGCCUACGGCAACACACUCAAGCCCCACCACUCCUUCAUGGUCAAGCCCAUCUUCAGUGCUGCCAUGAGCGCCACACCCUACCGCAAGGACUUCUACGGAAAGUUGGGCGACGACGAAAGCAAAGUACAGGCUGAGCUUGAGAAGUGGCUCGCGGCGUUGGAGAAGCUGGUCGCUAUCCUGAACACAUUCUUGGCGAAGAAGGAGGCCAAGUGGUAG